AGAAAGUGAUAUUUAUAUGAAUAAAGGUUUGGUUUUUAUAACUAAAAAAGCAAACCCACCAAACCCUUUUGUCGUAUUGAUAAGCUGUUCGGUGAGUGCACUCUCUCUAUCUCUCUCUGGUGUUGUGUCGGCGUUUUCUCGAUCGCUACGAAAAAGAUGGCUGCUAGGUUUUUGUGGGCUUCUAGGGCUGCUUCUCAUCUAAGGAUCUCCGUUGCCCAACGAGGGUUUGCUUCCGUGGUAUUGAAGGAUUUGAAGUAUGCUGAUUCACAUGAAUGGGUGAAGAUUGAUGGGAAUAAAGCAACGUUUGGUAUAACGGAUCACGCUCAAGACCACUUGGGUGAUGUGGUCUAUGUUGAGCUGCCUGAUUUGGGACGUUCGGUGUCACAAGGUGAGAGCUUCGGAGCAGUUGAAAGUGUGAAAGCAACUAGUGAUAUCAACUCUCCCGUCUCUGGUAAGGUGGUUGAAGUCAAUGAGGUGCUGACCGAGUCCCCUGGAUUGGUGAACACGAGCCCAUAUGAAGAAGGAUGGAUCAUAAAGGUGGAGCUGAGUGAUGCAGGCGAGGUGGAGAAGCUGAUGGAUUCAGACAAGUACUCUAAGUUCUGUGAAGAAGAGGACGCCAAGCACUGAUCUUUUUCUUCAGGAAGCUUCCACUGCAACAAGGAUUGUGUUACACAAAAUUUCGAUAUAUGUAGAUGGAUGAAUUGAGAUAAUUCCGAAGAUUUGGAUCUUUGCUUCUCUUUUUAAGUAUUGUUUUGAAUAAUAAUGGUAGAGAAUAAUAAGCUUUUGGCAUUUACAAUUUGAUUUGAUCUUUCAUGGAGUUAACACAUAUUUGUUUCUCA